AUGCAGUCAGAACCCCAUGUGGUAAUCAUUGGUGGAUCGUUCGCUGGAAUAAAAGCCGCUGAAAUCAUUUUGGGAUUAGGGAAGCCCGUUCGUUUGUCGCUAAUAUCUGCUUCCUCGCAUGCUUAUUUCAACGUCGCAGCCCCAAGGGUGUUGGUGGAGCCCGACCUAGCAGAGAAAUUGUAUUUCGCGGUAGAAGACAAGUUGCGUAACCUGGACAGUCAAAACUCUACAUUCAUCCAUGGGCAUGUUCAAAAAGUUGACUGCGAUGGCAAUUCUGUGGUCUACCGAGACAACAAGAGUGGGGCGGAAAAAGCACUAGCCUAUGAUUAUCUAGUUGUUGCCUCUGGUACUAAAAGUCCUUCAGCUGCCUUCAAACUUCAGGGUGAUCACAAAGAGACGAUGGAGGCCGCGUUGAAUUUGCACGACAAAAUCAAGAAGUCAAAAGAAAUUUUGAUCAUCGGCGGAGGAGCCACGGCUGUUGAGAUCGCUGGUGAGCUGGGUCACACUUAUGGUAAAGAAAAGGACCUAGCUAUAUACUCGGGAGCAAACGCGCCCUUGGCUAGCUGGCUCCCCAGAGUUUCCGAGGCGGCUGAGCGCCAGCUGCAAAAUUUGAAUGUCAAGGUUGUAAACAAUGUGCGGUCCAGGUCGAUUGUCGAGGUAGAGGGAAAGUUCAGAGUUGAUUUUGAUGACGGAUCGUCUCGAACUGUUGAUCUAGCCAUUCCAGCCUAUGGUGUGGUCCCGAACGGAGAGUUCCUUGACUCAGCGCUAUUAGACAAACAGGGCUAUCUGCAAACUGACGAGUUUCUCGUGGCCAGAGACCACCCCAAUGUCUUUGGACUUGGGGAUAUUGUAUCAGGACGUCCUUGCACCUUGAUUGAUGUUGACCAGGUCCAGCAAACAACUUUCAAGGCGACCGUUGAUACACUCAUCUUUGGGGGUAACGGCAAAAGAAAACCUAUGAAAAAGGGCCCAGAGUUGGGACUGGUACCAAUUUCAAGAGCUGGUGGGGUUGGUGUUGUAUUUGGUUGGAGGGUCCCUUCUUUCUUUGUCAAAUUUAUGAAGUCGAAAGAUUUUAUGAUACCUCGGGGAGCCGAGGCAUUUACAUAG